CCGUGGCCUCGGGGCGGGCAUGUUGCGAGGAGAGGAGCGGCCGCCAGAACGCCGCGGGGCGGGGGAGGGAACGGGGCAGCCGGAGCUUCGCCAGCCUCACUUUCUCGGAUCGCGCGGAGACCACAGCCUGCCUGGGGCUGUGAGCUGUGCUGCAUACAGAUCUCCUGGUUCCCAGAUGGCCAACUCCCAGAACGGCCGGAACCCACGCAAAGGACGGAUCCUGGGCUUCAUCGAUGCCAUUCAAGAUGCUGUGGGCCCCCCCAAGCAGGCAGCUGCCGACCGAAGGACUGUGGAGAAGACCUGGAAGCUCAUGGACAAAGUGGUAAGACUGUGCCAAAACCCAAAGCUUCAACUCAAAAACAGCCCACCCUACAUUCUUGACAUUUUACCAGACACCUAUCAACAUUUGCGACUUAUACUGAGCAAAUACGAUGACAACCAAAAACUUGCACAACUCAGUGAAAAUGAGUAUUUUAAAAUCUACAUUGAUAGUCUCAUGAAAAAAUCAAAACGGGCUAUCAGACUCUUCAAAGAAGGCAAGGAAAGAAUGUAUGAGGAGCAGUCACAGGACAGGAGAAACUUAACUAAGCUGUCCCUCAUCUUCAGCCACAUGCUAGCAGAAAUCAAGGCUAUUUUUCCAAAUGGCCAAUUCCAGGGUGAUAACUUUCGUAUCACCAAAGCAGAUGCUGCAGAUUUCUGGAGGAAGUUCUUUGGAGACAAAACUAUAGUGCCAUGGAAAGUGUUCAGGCAGUGCCUUCAUGAAGUUCAUCAAAUAAGCUCUGGUUUGGAAGCAAUGGCUCUUAAAUCUACUAUUGAUUUGACCUGCAAUGACUACAUUUCAAUUUUUGAGUUUGAUAUCUUCACUAGGUUAUUUCAGCCAUGGGGUUCAAUCUUAAGGAAUUGGAACUUCUUAGCUGUGACUCAUCCUGGAUAUAUGGCAUUCCUGACAUAUGAUGAAGUGAAAGCAAGACUGCAGAAGUACAGCACAAAGCCUGGGAGCUAUAUUUUCAGACUGAGUUGUACUCGCUUGGGGCAGUGGGCCAUUGGGUAUGUGACUGGUGAUGGGAACAUACUGCAGACCAUACCUCACAAUAAGCCUCUGUUUCAAGCUUUGAUUGAUGGCAGUCGGGAAGGAUUCUAUCUCUUCCCAGAUGGACGAAGUUACAAUCCUGAUCUGACAGGAUUAUGUGAACCUACACCACAUGAUCACAUAAAGGUCACGCAAGAACAGUAUGAAUUGUACUGUGAAAUGGGUUCCACUUUUCAGCUAUGUAAAAUCUGUGCAGAGAAUGACAAGGAUGUAAAGAUUGAGCCUUGUGGACACCUCAUGUGCACCUCUUGUCUUACGGCAUGGCAGGAAUCUGAUGGCCAAGGCUGUCCUUUCUGUCGCUGUGAAAUCAAAGGAACUGAACCAAUUAUUGUGGAUCCGUUUGAUCCAAGAGAUGAAAACUCCAGAUGUUGCAGUAUUAUCGAUAGCUUUAGUAUGCCCAUGUUGGACUUGGAUGAUGAUGAUGAUAGGGAGGAGUCUUUGAUGAUGAACCGAUUGGCUUCAGUCCGAAAGUGCAAUGAGAGGCAGAAUUCACCAGUGACUUCUCCAGGAUCUUCCCCUCUUGCACAAAGAAGAAAACCACUUCCAGACCCCCUGCAAAUCCCACAUCUUAGUCUUCCACCUGUACCUCCUCGUCUGGAUCUUAUUCAGAAGGGAGUAGCACGGUCUCCAUGUGCCAGCCCAACUGGAUCACCAAAGUCUUCUCCUUGCAUGAUGAGGAAACAAGACAAACCUUUGCCAGCACCACCACCUCCCUUGCGUGAUCCUCCACCACCCCCACCAGAACGACCUCCUCCAAUUCCACCAGACAACAGGAUAAGCAGACACUUGCAUCAUCCAGAAAGCGUGCCUUCCAGAGACCAGCCGAUGCCCCUUGAAGGCUGGUGUCCCAGAGAUGUGUUUGGGACAAGUCAGUUAGUAGGAUCUCGAACGGGGAGUGACACUUCUCCCAAACCAGGACUGACUGCAAUUUCAAACAUGAAUGGAAGGCACAACCGCGUAAGUUCUGAGCAAGGAUUUAUGAGAAAACACAGACGUCAUGAAUUGCCUGUGGAAGGUGCCAAGGUAUUUUCAAAUGGUCAUUUGAUAAAUGAAGAAUACGAUGUCCCACCACGGCUUUCACCUCCUCUUCCAGCUGCUUCCACCAUCCCUAGUAUAAAGUGCCCUGUUUCUUCAGCAAAUUCUCUAUCUGAUAAAUCAAGGGAUCAUACAGAUGAUGAUGAUGAAUACAAAGUUCCUUCUUCACAUUCUAUAAUACUGAGCUCUCAAUCACCUCAUUGUCAUAAUAUAAAACCUGUUGCUCGGGUUUGUGAGAAUGGCCAAUGUAGUGGAGUAACAAAUGGAACACACAGUGCUACUUCUGAUGUGAAGAAAUCAAAACAUCCAGAGUUAGGAGAUGUCUAUGAUGCACCUACUGUUCCGGUACCUUUGCCACCUGCACGGCCUCCUACCAGAGACAACCCAAAACACAGCUCUUUGCUCAACAGGACUCCCUCCGAUUAUGAUCUUCUGGUGCCCCCUUUAGGUGAGGAUGCGUUUGAUAGCUCACCUCCUUCACUACCACCACCACCACCACCUGCUAGGCACAGCAUCACUGAGCACACAAAACCAUCUGGCUCAGGAAGUCGACCUCCCUCAGGACAUGAACUGUUCCCUCAUCCUGAUCCUCAUUUUGAUCCAAUAACUGGUCAUGUUCCCUUGCCACCUGUUCGUAGAGUAACUGGAGAAAAUGUAAAAACAAAUAGGAAUUCUCAAGACUAUGAUCAGCUUCCUCCCUCUUCAGAUGGUUCACAAGCACCAGCCAGGCCCCCUAAACCACUUCCUCGGAGGACUGCACCAGAAAUACACCACAGGAAAGCAUUCAAUUCUGACAGUUCCAUGGAAAAUGUGGAUGCAAAAAUUGCAAAACUAAUGGGAGAAGGCUAUUCCUUUGAAGAAGUCAAGAGGGCACUUGAAAUUGCCCAGAAUAAUGUUGACGUGGCUCGUAGUAUUUUAAGAGAAUUUGUCUGUUUUCCUCCACCAGUCUCACCACGUCUCAAUCUAUAGCAGUGUGAAGAUUUUCUUGGAGCAUGUGAAUUCUACAUAUACACAUGUGGACUGGGGAAUGAGAGGAAGAAGAGAAGAGAAUAUUUUUUCUUUCAUCUUUAGCAGGAGGCUGUCUGUUUCCAGCCGUGCUCAUGGCUGCUCUGAUCAAGACUUAUAAAUAUGCUGAGGCUUAUGUAUUUUUGCUAGCCAUACUUUUUUAAAUCAGGGUUGAACUGACAAAAUAAUUUAAAGAAGUUUACUUCCCUAGAACUUUUAAUCUGUGAAAUGCUUUUUCUUGUUUACAAGUUGAUAAGUUACAGUUUUCUAGUUGAUGUCUGUACUAUGUUCCUGUUCAUGUCCCCUUGUACUUUUGGUCAGUCCUGCUGUAGCAUUCCCCACAGUUUCCAUGCUGACCACCCCAACAACUAAAUCAUCACUUUCCAGAAAUUUCGUGUUUGCUUUUUUUUUUCUCUUACAAGAUGCUUUAAUUGUUUUUGCAUUUCAGCUCAGCAAAUGCAAAAGUAUGUGGCCUUCACUACUGAUUAUUUUUUCAUAUGAGAUUCCUUUGCUUUUGAGAGAGGAAAUAUCUGAAUGUAAAAUAUGUUAUGUCUAUGAAUUGCCUUUUUAAAGGUAUUUUUGACAACAAUGUUGGACAGCUUUCUGUUUAACAUUAAUUCCAUGACCUAUAAUCCUCAAGGUCUUUUAUCCGCUGCUUCUACAGUCAACAAAAAAUCCCAACCAACUGGAAAAAAAAACAGCACUUCUUACAGUGAUACUGAGUUCUGACAUGUACAAGCUCUUUAAAAAAUUAUUUGAUUACAAACGUUCAAAAAAGCCCAAACACACAUGAAAGUACUGCAUUUUGAUUACACACUAAUUACACCUGUUGUCUGUGACCUAUGUAUUCUGAGACAUGCCAGACUAGAAGGAAUCAUCAUUUUGAAUCACUUUAAUGGCAUUCAGGUAAAUUUCAGAGCAAGCUUCUGCAAAAUUAAUUUUGGAGUGAUUAUCCUGUGGUUCAUUGCGGCUUGGAUUUAGUUUGUAUUAACUUGGAAACUUUAAAUUCUUGGUGCACUGUUGAUUCUUAAUGCCACUGUAGCAGUAUGUUUUGGAAAGUUCUUUAACAAUCUCCUCCAUACAUUUUAUUACUCUAAAGUGUGUUUCUAAUGCCCAAAUUCAUUCAUUCACUUUCCAGCUACUUAGCUGGAAUUGGUUUUUUUGCUUUCAAUGGCUAGUGAUACUACAGGCUUUGUGUUAUUUUUAAGCCCAGGUUGUUGCAAGCUAAAUUAAAUAUCUUUAUAACAUUAGAAAAGAGAGAGAAAGUGACAACUAUGUUCCUAGUGCUUUCAAAGUUUAGGGUCUAAAUAUUUCUAGUAGAAAACUGCUGCUUUUCCUGUUUUUGUAGGAGAAUUGGUAGCCUGCUCUUCCUUUAUUACUGUUGAAAAGAUAAAACUGUAUGGUAGCUAGAGUAUUUUCCACAUUUUGGGAUGUGACCAGUAUAUGACAAUUUUCACUUUGUACUAAGCUGCAUUUGAGUCAUGUAUUUAUUGUUUCCUUUCAGCUGUCACUUUUUUCCUUCAUUCAUAGUAAGUGAUAGAAGUUGCACCACUUAUGGGAUCAGAUCUCAGCAGCCAAUACAUUGCUUUUAAAAAAUUUCAAAUACAGAAAAUGUCUGUAUAGCAGGAUCCAAAAUAACUGGGAACACCCAAAGGAAAUUGCUGUGAUACCUCAAAGUCCGUUGUUUCAUCACAGAUCUUAUUCUUAAAACUUGCAGCAUCACAAAGCAAAUAUAUCUAUCUUUAAUCUGCUUUGUUUCUGUGAUAAAAGAUGAUUAGGGGAAUCAGAGUGCAGGAACGAGUCAAAGAGUCUUUUCUGCAUUAAGUAAAUAAUGUUUAAAUUUAUGUUACACAAAAGGUGCAUUUACAACUUCAUUUCAAUGUUCAUUGAUUGCCUGCAGCUUAUGGAAAGUUUUGGUUGAAGUUAUCUUCUGUGCUUUUCAUUCAAGUAAUUCUCUCUCUGUUUUGGAGGAAUGUUUUAUGCUGUCUUGAGCUCUAUUGUUCAUUUGUUUCGUUUACAGCGUUACUUCAGCAUUUUUGAUAACUAUAAGUUCAAAAUGAUUCAUGUCAUUAAAAAAAGAAAAACAAAGCAGUACUUUUUUUUUUUUUUUUAACUGAAAUUACUUGUGUGGCUCCAGCAUAACUGCCAGUUUGGCAGUGAUGGCAAUGAACAAAAGAAAGCUUUAAAAAGAUGAGAGAAGAGUCUAUAGAUUGUAAAGCAGAGCUCUCUAUUCUCAUUUUUGUGCAGCAUCUUAGUACAAAUGACACCUUUUUCUUUCAACUAGAGGCUGGAAUUACUGCCUGAUAAAUUCAGGUUUUUAAAUUUUUUUAUUUCUGGUUGUGACCAGCAGUGACCUUUUUCUUUUUCUUUUUCUUUUUUUUGGUACAUGUUAAAAAAGCUUGAUGAGCAGUAUUCUUAAUGAUGACUUAAAAAGAGUUCCUUUAAUCCUUGAAAGAGCAUGCCAUUAAUGCUUCUAAGUUGUUGAAUGUGAAGACUGUUUCAAACCUGUUUUGGUUGGCAAUCAAGUCAAACAGUGAAAUUGUUUUGCUAAAGUGUUGAUGUUUACUCUGCAGAAAUUAAUAGGCUUAAUUAAUCUGACUACAGUGUAAUUAUGUAAACGUUUUUACCUUUUUAAAGACUUAAGGGUUCGAGUCUGGCAGUGUUAUGCACGUUUAUAGCUUUAAGCAAACCUGGCUAGUGAGACUGCUUGAAUGAAAGUUGGUUAAAUUUAGAAAUGUGUGCUAUAAUGGUUAAGGCUACAGGAAUACCUCUUCCAAAUAAACAUUACUGAAGGCUUUAUUUAGACCACCAUUCUGAUGUCUGUAAGGCCUCACCUUUUAUCCCCUCCUUGUGAAAUUACUGCAUUUCAAGCAAAUUAGCUGAAUUAAUGCUCAGUAUCUGAAGAGUACAUCUGGCAUGGAUUUUUUUUCAUGAUCAUGUGAAUUUAGGAAGUUUUGUACCAGGAUCAUUUCUUCUGUUUUGUCAUGUUUUCAGCUUGAAGUUUUACUUUGCACUGAUCACUCUGACCUGAAAGCAUUUAAAUUUGUGUCUUAAAGCUUGACAAAUUUUGAAGCAGAUAUGAAUAGUGUAUUCUAAGCAGAUUCAGUUACUGCCUGCUGACCUGGAAUUUAGUGUAUAUAGGAAUGACUUCUUGAAAAAGGACUUUGUUAGUUUCCAUUUUGAAGGUUUUUCUUCCAAAUAACUAUUUUAUCUGAAAAUGCCUUUUAUAAACUUGUCUAACAUGUGGCAAACUUAGUGAUGUGUUCAAUUAAUUUAUAUUUUAUUCGACAUUCUUUUUUAAUUUUGGUUACUAUGUAAGCUCAAGUUCUUUAUCUGUUCUUGUAAGGUAUUUUAUAAAAUUAAUGUUAACAGAAUGUUGGGUUGCUCUGUGAUUUUUCAAGACUGUGUCUUUCUAUUUUUGAGUGUUAAUGCUUUUCAUAUGCUGGCUUAGAAACACAGACUACUCUGUUUGGGUAUCUUACGAGCCGUUGGCUUGUAAGCCAUAAAAGGGAGGCAUCACUCUAAAAUAAGUUAUAUCACUGCAUUUAGUCAUUUGCUUUGCAUCCUCCCCUUCACUUAUAAAUUUCAGUUGUAAAAAUUGACUACAACUUCAGAAUGUGUAUGCAAUAGUUCUAAAGCAGAAAGGUAACCAUGGAAUCAUAGAGAAUGGCUUAAGUUGGAAGGGACCUUAAAGAUCAAUGCCUCUGCUGUGGCACAAAAUCAGGCUGCCCAGUACCAAAUCCAGCCCUGCCCUUGAGCACCUCCAGGAAUGGGGCACCCACAGCUCUCUGGACAUCUGUGCUACAGCCUUGCUGUCCUCUGAGUAAAGAAUUUCUUCCUAACAUCUAACCCCAAUGUCCCCUCUUUUAGUCUAAAGGCGUUCUCCCUUGUCUACUCACUAUUAGACUGUAUAAAAUGUAGCACUUCUGCUUAAUAAUCAUCAAAAGUGAUUAAUAUGUAGUCUAAUUGUACAGGAUUUUUUUUGUGAUGAAAAUGACAGCAGAGUUACACUGAUACUGCAUUAACAUCCUGUGCAUUCUGAACUAUUACAUUCUUAAUGUAAAAAAUAUUUCAGGAUUAUAAAACAUUUUUUUUCCUGUUAGUGUAUUCCAUCCUUCUGAGAAAGUUUAGAACACCUACCCCCAUUCUGCUAUACAUGAUAAUACAGCUAUUACUAUUUAAAGCCAGCUCCUGAAGGUAAGAUUAGACCUCCAAUUACGAGAUUUUCAUGCUACUUUCUUCUAUCUGCGUUAAAUUCUUGUCCAUUAUAGGGAUCACUAGAUGUAUUACUGAGUAGGGAAGGUAACUGUUUGAUAUUCUCAUCCUUAGUUCCAAAGCUGCCUAUUUUUUUUUUUGUAUCUCUUCUUCUGAUGUGAAGGUUGCCUGUCUCUUCAUUGUGUCACUUUUUAGCAGCUGGGUGCCCUGCUAGUCACAGUGUCAUAGGAGUUGGAAGGGAUUUCUGGAGAUCAAGUCUGCUGCCCAUGCUAAAGCAGGUUCCCUAGAGUAAACAGGAAAGUGUCCAGGGAAGGAAACUCCACAACCUCUUUGGGCAGUCUUUUCUUCAUGUUUGUAUGGAACUUUCUGAGUUCCAUUUUACGUCCACUGCCCCUUGUUCUGCUGCUGGGUACCUUUGAAAAGAAUCUGGCCCCAUCUUCUUGAUAUGGAUCUGUUGCAGCAGGUCCAGAAGAGGUCCACAAAAAUUAUUCAAGAGAUUGAAUACCUCCCUUAUGACAGUCAGAGAGAACUUGGGCUAUUCAGCUUGGAUAAGAGAAGAUUUCAGAGAGACCUGUUGUAAUGAUAGGACAAGGGGAAAUUGUUUCAGUCUAAAAUGGGGGAGAUUUAGAUCAGAUAUAAGAAAAAAAGAGUUGGUUUGCUUUGUUUUUUUUACAAUAAAGGGUAGCAAAGCACUGGAACAGGUUGCCCAGAGAGGUGGUGGAGGUCCUGGAGACAUUAAAGGUUGGAAUGUUUUGAGCUCUGAGCAACCUGAUCUAGCUGUCAGUGUCCCUGUUCAUUGCUGCGGAGGAAUUGGACCAGAUAAUCUUUAACAAGGUCCUUUCCAACUCAUGUUGGAACAGCUCUAAUGUUUUGAGAAAUUGGUUUUGAUAAAUCCAGUCAUUUAAUUCUGGACAAGCUGUCUGCCUCAACUUAUCAGUUACUGUAAGUCUUCAUCAGCAAAAUUAUAAAUUUUUAUUUUAAAACACUAUGUGUUACUUUGGUAACAAAAUAUAUGCCUAACUGCAUUAAUAUUUGGUGAAAAAAAUGUUGGCUUUAUUGUAAAAUCUGACAUGAUAGCUUUCAAGAUGGAAAAGAGGCUAUCUGUUACUAUAUAGAAGAUAAUUCUGUCCUAGCAGUCCAAGUACCUCUGUCCUGAUGGCAUACAAGGUCUAAUUGUUUUGAAUCUCCAGAGUAUCUAGUGCACAUGAAGAGUGCCUGGGAAGAUGAAUCUAAUGUUCAGUUCCUGUGUCCUUUUCCAUGAAGUGUUGUGAAAGAUGUCAUUUUGAAAUGGGAUGCAAGGAUAUUAGCUGCAGGGGGAAAUGCGAA